CUUGCUAAGAAUCAUCUUACACGUAUACUUCCAAAUCAGGCUUACAGCUCAGGGAAGGAAGAUGGCAUGAGACCGAUUUCUCCUUCUGUCCCCUGAAGGAGAAAACCCAGGGGAUUCCCGGAUUUCCCUGGGAAUUUGUACUUUUUCCUCCCCACCAUUUUCCUGUUUCAGUUGAUUUCAGAGGCAUCCCUGGUUAAGGUGCAGUCUGAUUUCCUCUGAGUUAAAGGAGCUGUUCUCAUCAUGAGUGGGCUGACAGAAAAGGAAGUGGAGAAAUUUCUAGACUCCAACCCUACCUUUGCCAAAGAGUACUAUGACAUUAAUUUCAGAUCUGGGAUCAUAAGCGACCUGCUUAGCUCCAAUAAGACCAAUGUGGAUUUCUCCAGUUAUCACACUUUGAGCAGUGUGGAAGAGAGUGAGAUAGUCUUUGACCUCGUUAGAGGAUUUCAGGAGAACCUCAACGUUGAAAGAUGUGUCUUCAAUGUUCUCAAGAGGAUGUCUUUUAUGAUCCAGGCAGAUCGUAUGAGUCUGUUCAUGUAUCGUAUGAGGAACGGCACUGCUGAGCUUGCUACCAGGUUGUUUAAUGUUCACAAGGAUGCCACCAUGGAGGAAUGUUUGGUGGUACCAGACUCUGAAAUAGUUUUUCCUUUAGACACCGGUGUACUGGGAUAUGUGGCACAGACUAAGAAAAUAGUGAACGUUGGGGAUGUCAUGCAGGACACACAUUUCUGUGGUUUCGUAGAUAACCUUACAGAAUAUGCAACAAAAAGCAUACUGGCAGCACCUGUAAUGAACGGGAAGGACAUAGUGGCUGUGAUAAUGGCUGUUAAUAAGGUCAAUGGCACUACCUUCAGCAAAUAUGAUGAAGAGAUGUUCCUUAAGUACCUCAAUUUUGCCAAUCUGAUACUCAAGGUAUUUCAUCUGUCCUAUCUUCACAACUGUGAAACCAGAAGGGGUCAGAUACUUCUAUGGUCAGCCAACAAGGUCUUUGAAGAACUUACAGACAUCGAGAGACAGUUUCACAAAGCUCUUUACACAGUCCGCGCCUUUCUUAACUGUGACAGAUACUCUGUGGGACUUCUAGACAUGACAAAGACAAAGGAAUUUUUUGAUCAAUGGCCAGUUCUUAUGGGUGAAGUUCCGCCAUAUUCAGGACCGAAGACCCCGGAUGGCAGAGAAAUAUCCUUUUAUAAAGUGAUUGACUAUAUUUUACACGGAAAAGAAGAAAUUAAAGUUAUACCGAACCCACCAGCUGAUCAUUGGGCUCUUAUAAGCAAACUGCCCACAUAUGUUGCUGAAAAUGGUCUUAUUUGUAAUAUCAUGAACACACCAGCUGAUGAAUAUUUUGAGUUCCAGAAAGGUCCUGUUGAUGAAUCUGGUUGGAUGAUUAAAAAUGUUCUUUCCAUGCCCAUUGUUAACAAGAAAGAAGAAAUUGUUGGUGUCGCUACGUUUUACAACAGAAAGGAUGGAAAGCCCUUUGAUGAAAUGGAUGAAGUACUAAUGGAAUCUUUAACACAGUUCCUUGGCUGGUCCGUCCUAAAUACUGACACCUAUGACAAAAUGAACAAACUGGAAAACAGGAAGGAUAUUUACCAAGACAUGGUCAACUAUCACGUGAAAUGUUCAAAUGACGAACUGCAGAUAAUUCUGAAAACAAAGGAAUUAUUAAAUAAAACGCCAGAAGAAUGUGAAGAGGAUGAAUUAUAUGAAAUAUUGCAAGAAGAGCUCCCAGAUCCAGGGGCAGCCGAAAUUUAUGAAUUUCACUUCAGCGAUUUGCCUCAGACAGAACUGUUUUUGGUGAAAUGUGCUAUCCAGAUGUACUAUGAGCUGGAAGUGGUGGACAAGUUCCAUAUACCACAAGAGGUAUUAGUCCGCUUCAUUUUCUCUCUGAGCAAAGGAUACCGAAAAAUUACUUACCACAACUGGCGGCAUGGCUUUAAUGUAGGACAGACAAUGUUCACACUUCUCAUGACUGGUAAACUGAAAAGGUAUUAUACAGAUCUGGAAGCCAUGGCUAUGGUGACUGCAGCAUUUUGCCAUGAUAUUGACCACAGAGGAACCAAUAACUUAUACCAAAUGAAGUCAGGACACCCAUUAGCAAGACUCCAUGGAUCUUCGAUCUUGGAAAGGCAUCAUUUGGAAUUUAGCAAGACGCUCCUCAAAGAUGAGUCAAUAAACAUCUAUCAGAAUCUCAACAGAAGGCAAUAUGAUCAUGCAAUCCAUAUGAUGGACAUUGCAAUCAUUGCAACAGACUUAGCUUUGUACUUCAAGAAGAGAGCCAUGUUUCAGAAGAUAGUAGACCAGUCGAAAACAUACGAGAAUGAGAAAGCGUGGACAGAAUACAUGAUGCUGGAGCAGACACGCAAAGAAAUAGUCAUGGCGAUGAUGAUGACAGCAUGUGAUCUGUCAGCUAUUGCCAAACCCUGGGAAAUACAAAGCAAGGUCGCUCUGUUGGUUGCUGCAGAAUUUUGGGAGCAAGGUGACCUGGAAAGGACUGUAUUGCAGCAAAAUCCAAUUCCGAUGAUGGACAGGAACAAGGCAGAAGAACUCCCAAAGCUUCAAUGUGGUUUUAUUGAUUUUGUCUGCACAUUUGUAUAUAAGGAGUUUUCCAGAUUUCAUCCAGAGAUACAGCCAAUGUAUGACAGGAUUCAAAACAAUAAGAAAGAAUGGAAAGCGUUGGCUGAUGAACAUGAGGCAAAAAUUAAAGCCCUGGAAGAGGAAAAACUAAAGAGAGAGGGCAUUCAGGCACCUAAACCAGCUCCAGCAGCGACGGGAAAGGAAAAUGGUGGGAGUGUCCCCAUAGGCGAACAACCACCCCAAUCAAAAAGUUGUUCUAUCUUAUAAGACUGUAAAUAUUUUUUUUCUUUUUUUUAACGUUUUUCUUGGUAGAGUACCGCUGGCAAUUGAUAAUACUGUACUGAUCUAGCGGAGUAUU